CAUAAUUUGACUUUGAUAUUAAUUUUCUCAGAUCUGGAAGACAUUGUGGGAGCUGCAGAUGGACAAUAUCAUCGAUUUGGAUAUAUUAGAGGAGCCUUCACUUUGUUUCAGUUCCCUUAAUAAAUCGUGUUUGAAGACUGAUUAUCCUCUGGAAGUCCGGGUUUUGCUCUACAUCCUCUUUAGCACUUCUUCUCUUAUUACUGUGAUCGGAAACCUGCUUGUGAUCAUAACUGUCGUACAUUUCAGACAAUUACGCACAUCAACUAAUUACCUCAUUCUCUCUCUGGCUGUUGCUGACCUGCUUGUAGGAGGAAUAGUAAUGCCAGCCAGCAUGAUACGCUCUGUGGAAACUUGCUGGUAUUUAGGAAGCACCUUUUGUAAAAUACACAGCAGUUUGGAUGUCACCAUGUGCACUGCGUCCAUUUUAAACCUGUGUAUUAUUUCAUUAGAUCGAUAUUACGCUGUAUGUUAUCCACUUCUGUAUCACAGUAAAAUGACUCCGACUACCAUUAGAUUCAUGAUCAUAGUGUGCUGGGGCAUUUCUGCAGUAAUUGGGUUUGGGAUGAUAUUUCUGGAACUCAAUAUUCUUGGAAAUGAAGAGUUUUAUUACAAUAACUUCCUUUGUGAGGGAGCAUGUAUGGUUUUUCAAACUAAAGCGGCAGCCACAGUGUUUCCUAUGUUUUGCUUUUACAUCCCUGCGGUAAUCAUGAUUUGUGUGUAUGUAAAAAUCCUCCGCACUGCACAAAGACAAGCUCGUGCAAUUCAAUCCACAACUGCACAGACAAAGACAGCCGAGGAAAAAGCCGGUAUGAGCAAGUCAGAAAGGAAGGCCACAAAAACUUUAGCCAUAAUUGUGGGAGUUUUUCUGACUUCCUGGGUGCCGUUUUUUAUCUGCAACUGCAUCGAUCCAUUUGCAGGAUAUUCAGUUCCUCCGAUUGUGUUUGAUGUUUUCCUUUGGGUCGGGUAUUUUAAUUCAACAUUUAAUCCAAUAGUGUAUGCCUUUUUCUAUAGUUGGUUCAGACAUGCUUUCAGAGUCAUUUUGUCUGGGGGAAUAUUUCAGGCUAAUUCCUCACACACUCGAUUGUUUUGAUUGCUUAUUCCAAACUGAAACUGAACAUGCUCAGUUAAAAUUCCAUCAAGAUUUCUUUUAGGUGAAAUAAGUGUGUUUAAAAAUGAGUGGUGUUUCUAAACCUGAAUCCCAGAGGUGAUUUUAUUCACUGUUCCAUUCCCUUCCUCCUGUAUUUUCACCAUCACCUGUAUACACAUAUGCAAAGGGCUACUGGAGCUGCAUUUCUGUCAGUGUUGUUGCAUUGCUCAUUGCUCAGCUACAGUAUAUAAAACAAAGCAGCAUCACAAUAAAAGAAAAUGUGCUAAUAAUAAAAUUGUAGAAUGCCUCAACGGUCAAAUGAAAUGUCAUGGUGUUGCAAUUUUUAGGAGAAGAAUAUUUAACAGAAAUUUAUGUUGUGAGCCAUUUUAAGCUGUAUUUCCUGUCCUAAACAGAUUUUGAUGUGUUUGAAAUUUCCAUUUAAUAUUGAAUAUUGUUUAGAGUUCAUCAAAUACUACAGUUAAAUAAAUUAGAAUUGCAGAGAGACACAUUAAAAAUGAAGCAAACUGCUUUGCAAUACGAGCAUUAAAACUAAGAAAGCACAAGCAAUGAUUGAAUCACAACCCAAAGAGAAUUAAGAAUACAACA